GCGCUGCUGUGGAGCCCACGGCAAUCGCGCGCCAAGGCCAGCGCCUGCAGCGCUCCUUCUUGCAGCUGGCGGCGGCCGCUGAGGGAGUAUGGAUUUCAGCGAGUUGGAGAAAGACAAUACAGGCCGCUGUCGCUUGAGCUCGCCAGUGCCCGCCGUGUGCCGCAAGGAGUCAUGCGUUCUCGGCGUUGAUGAAGCGGGUCGGGGCCCUGUGCUUGGGCCCAUGGUCUACGCCAUCUGUUAUUGCCCCUUGUCCCGCCUGGCAGAUCUGGAGGCUAUGAAAGUGGCAGACUCAAAGACCAUGUCGGAGAGCGAUCGGGACAAGCUCUUUGCCAAAAUGGAGGAGAACGGAGACUUUGUGGGCUGGGCUCUGGACGUGCUAUCUCCAAACCUCAUCUCUACCAGCAUGCUUGGGCGGGUCAAAUACAACCUGAACGCCCUGUCCCACGAUACAGCUGCUGGACUAAUACAGUAUGCAUUGGACCAGGGUGUGAGAGUCACCCAGGUGUUCGUGGACACAGUGGGGCUGCCAGAGACAUACCAGGAGCGGUUGCAGCAGCGCUUUCCUGGAAUUGACGUGACAGUCAAGGCCAAAGCAGAUGCCCUCUACCCUGUGGUCAGCGCUGCCAGCAUCUGUGCCAAGGUGGCUCGAGACCAGGCAGUGAAGAACUGGCAGUUUGUGGAGGACCUGCAGGACCUGGAUGCUGAUUAUGGCUCCGGCUACCCUAAUGAUCCCAAGACAAAAGCAUGGUUGAAGAAACACGUGGAACCGGUGUUCGGCUUCCCCCAGUUCGUUCGGUUCAGUUGGAGCACAGCCCAGACCAUCCUGGAAAAGGAGGCGGCAGAUGUUUUGUGGGAGGACUCCCCAGCACAGGACCUGGAAGGACCUGAGAGGAUCACCGCCUACUUCAACAAAGGCUCCCGAGCCCGCCCCCGUGCCCCCCACAGAUACUUCCAGGAGCGGGGCCUAGAACCAGCCACUGCCCUGUAGGAGGAGCCUCCUUCCUCCCCAGGCCUGCCUCCCCUCACCAAGGAGGAUUAAAGUUGUUGAAGGACAAGCAAA